GGGCAGGGCUGGGGUCCGGCCGCCGGAGGAGGCGAAGGAGCGGGCGGGGCAGGUUUAAGGGCGGGGGCCGGUGCGGACGGCCAGGCGGCACGGGACGGGUCGCAGGUCUAGGAGGUCGUGCCCGUGGUGGGUUCAGACGCUGGUGCCGAGACAGCUGCGCCCAGGCUGCUCGUGGGAGCAGCGUCCGUUCUGUGCUCGUUUUCGGGUGAAUUCUGGAAACGUUGGAACUUUGAUGUUGCUUUCAGCUCUCCGUCUGGGUCCUCUGGCCGCGUUUCGCAGAAACCCAGCAGGAUGGCCGCAAACAAGAGCAAGAGCCAGAGCUCCCUGGCCCUUCACAAGGUGAUCAUGGUUGGCAGCGGAGGGGUGGGCAAGUCGGCCCUGACCUUGCAGUUCAUGUAUGAUGAGUUCGUGGAGGACUAUGAACCUACCAAGGCUGACAGUUACAGGAAGAAGGUGGUCCUGGACGGGGAGGAGGUCCAGAUAGACAUCCUGGACACAGCCGGACAGGAGGACUACGCGGCCAUUCGCGACAACUACUUCCGGAGUGGGGAGGGCUUCCUCCUCGUGUUUUCCAUCACCGAGCAUGAGUCAUUCACAGCCACUGCCGAGUUCAGGGAACAGAUCCUCCGCGUUAAGGCGGAAGAAGAUAAAGUCCCGCUGCUGGUGGCGGGGAACAAGUCUGACCUGCAGGAGCGGAGGCAGGUGCCGCUGGAGGAGGCCAGGGCCAAGGCCGAGGAGUGGGGCGUGCAGUACGUGGAGACCUCGGCCAAGACGCGGGCCAACGUGGACAAGGUGUUCUUUGACCUCAUGAGAGAGAUCAGAGCAAAGAAGAUGUCAGAAAACAAAGACAAGAACGGCAAGAAAAGCAGCAAGAACAAGAAAAGUUUUAAAGAAAGAUGUUGUUUACUGUGAAGGCUAGGGUGCUGGACCAUGUCGCUUGCCACUAAGGACAGAGGGCAGGUUCCUCAAGCCAAGACUCCAGUCGACCUCUCGGCCUGUUCCCCGCUCUCCCCAACCUCAUUCACACACGCUUCUGUAAAUGGGGAAAAUAUUUGUGAACCAGUGGCUGACAGAAGAAAUAAGCCCUUGACUGUGCAAUGGGAUGGCUCCUCUGUCAGGAGGUUUCAGAGUUUCCUCCCUCUUUUCCUUCCUAAAAUAAGCCACGUAUGUAGUGCUACAGGCAGGCGUUAGCCAAGUGUUAAUUAAGAAGGACUGUCCUAACUUCUUACUUUUUCCCCAGUUUUGUAACAUAGCGUCUUUCGUUUUGAAAUAAAAGUGUCUUAUUUUUUAUUAGGUCUUGGGAGGUGAGGGUGGGGUGAGGCUACCCCCACCCUUGUCAGCUCAACAGCAGUUCUCAGAAACAUCCAUUAGGUUCUAAUGACGCUGGAAAAUUCGGAGAUUUUUGGGGGUCUCUUGGCCAUACCCUGUGGAUCUGAAGCAGAGCUAAAAAAGUAAAGUUGCAUGGGGCCAAACAGAUCAACGCCAAGCCCAGAAAUCCUUCUCAAUAGGAAAGAAGGAAGAGUUGUACCCUUCGUAGUUAAGUAUCAGCCAGUUAUAGUCUGUGUUGGCCGCUUUUCUCCUGCGGCAUUCUGAUUUUUGUGUAGGAGCUUCUUUUUUAAUAAGUGACAUGAAGACUCAAGAGCAAUAUACUGUAUAAAUGAUAUACUUUUCUAAUCAGAAUUUUUAAAAGAAGUCCUUUGGCUAAAUCCUCUCGUAAUUGCCAGUCAUAGGGUCAGGGCCCUCCUUCUCCAUCCGCAACCCACGCUCUGUCCUGACCCACUCCUCCUGGCAGAGGCUGAGAGGACCUUUUCUUUUGUUUCUUUCAAUGUAGCCCAAGUUCCUCUGAAGAACGUGAUGACUUAAGAUUGUGUUCUAAACUCAUGAAGCCAGAGCCUGUGCCAGACACCCGCUACCUCUCAUAGAAUUGCUCAGUAAAUUCAGAAGAAGUGGAGAAGCCACUGCCCCUUUACCUCUGAGAACUGGCUGCUGUUUCUAAUAUAAAUUUGUUUCUGAGACAGCCAUCUCGUUAGUUAGAAAAAGAUUUUUAUGGAUGAGAUAUUGUCUUUCUUGUGUCAAUAUUCUGAAUUCAGCAGUCAGAAAAUUUUUCAUGAGCAAAGGAGGACAGCCAUAAAAACCCAGUGCUCAGCAUACUUUUCCCCAUUUUUCAGAAGUGAUAUUUCACAUAUAGGUGCCAAAAGUGAAUUGGGGUGGGGAGAAUGGGAACCCUUGGAAUUUAUGGUUAUUACAGAAAUUGUAGAAAUUAUGAUCUGACCGGAAAACAAACAAUCUUGUAUCACCUCCCAAAGAAUCGUGGGCUUAUUUUCAAUUAAAAAAAGCAGAAAUUUACAGUUUUUCAGAAUUUCAGCCUUCUUAUUUUAUCCUUUUGUCAUAUAUGUGAAAUGUAAGUAUUAAAGAAAGGGACAGGUAUUCAUUAUUGUUCUUGUUAGAUGUUCUGCAAACUUUAUUUCAAUUAAUUUUUUGAAUUGGGCUGGGGGAAAUAAAUUUAUAAGUAUAAACAGUAA